UGUAGAAAAACAAAUACUCCAUACAUCAUCUUCAAGUCUAGCGAAGAAGCACAUUAGAUCGAUAGAUUCAUACAAAUGGCAUCCAUUCGAGACAACCGGAACGCCCAAAGAGCAGAUGGUCCAGCCACUAUCCUAGCCAUUGGCACAGCAAACCCUCCCAACGAGAUGAGCCAAGAUGACUUUCCUGAUUUCUACUUCCGUGUCACCAAGAGUCAGCAUAUGGUUGAUCUUAAGGACAAAUUCAACAACAUGUGCAAGAAAUCAACAGUGAAGAAGCGUUACAUGUACAUAACAGAAGAAUUACUAAAACAGAACCAAAACAUGUGCGACUACAAUAGCUCAUCCUUGGACGUCCGGCAAGACAUCCUCGCAACUGAGGUACCAAAACUCGGCAAAGAGGCGGCCGUAAAGGCCAUAAAAGAGUGGGGACAACCGCGGUCCAACAUCACCCACCUCAUUUUCUGCACCGUAUCAGGUGUUUCCAUGCCAGGGGCCGACUACCACCUUACAAAACUCCUCGGCCUAAGCCCUUCUGUUAACCGAUUUAUGCUCUACCAGCAGGGUUGCUAUGGCGGUGGCACAGUCCUCCGCCUAGCCAAGGACAUUGCAGAGAACAACCGCGGUGCACGUGUGUUGGUUGUUUGUGCUGAGAUGACUGUAGUCGGUUUUCGUGGACCUACUGAGACUCACUUGGACUCCAUGAUAGGGCAAGCCCUUUUCACAGAUGGUGCAGGGGCUGUGAUCGUGGGUGCUGACCCGGAUGAGUCCAUUAAUGAACGACCCAUCUUCGAGCUUGUUUGGGCCUCCCAAACCUUCUUGCCGGGCUGUGAAAGGGCCAUUGCUGGGCAAUUACGGCAAGUAGGAUUAACCAUUCAUUUAUCGAAGGACGUACCAAAGUUGAUAUCUAACAAUCUUGAAAAGGUGUUAGUUGAGGCCUUUGAACCUAUUGGGAUUAAUGAUUGGAACUCCAUAUUUUGGGUUGCUCACCCAGGAGGGCCUGCCAUUCUAGAUGAGGUCGAGGUGAAACUCGGACUCGAGGAGGACAAACUCAGUGCAACUAGGCAUGUACUCAGUGAGUUUGGUAACAUGUCUAGUGCUUCUGUGUUGUUUAUUUUGGAUGAGACAAGAAAGAGGUCGUUCAAUUAAGGCAAGGCUACGACGGGUGGUGGGUUGGAUUGGGGAGUGUUGUUCGGGUUCGGGCCGGGGAUUACUAUUGAAACCGUUGUGCUCCAUAGUGUCCCAACAAAAUUGGCUUGAUUGAGGGACACAAUAUAAUGGUUUUUUUUUAAAGGGGCACAAAUGUAACAUUUUUUGUGGUGAAACAGUUAAUAAUUUAUCAGUGUUGGA